AUGAGACAAAUCACCCCCCAACGAAAGCCAUUGGCGAGGUUUCCGGAGACGGCGAGGCUUUACCCAGUGAUCAUGAAACAACGUGGGAAAGUCAAGACACGACCGCAGUUCGUAAGUGAUGGGCUACUCGAUGAUGUUCUCAAGCGCUUAUCGCCUUACCUUCGCCGAAACCCACCGAUAGACAUUCUGGACCUUUGGCCAGGGGGUGGCUUUUUGUCAUCUAAAGUCAAUACACUUCUGGGACCACGCCGCCAUGUGCUUGUUGAACCAAAUACUAAUUUUCACUGUCUUCUCACCCCACUCGUCGAGAGCAAGUCGUGUUAUAAACUCGUCCAGGAAAACAUAUACGGGAAAUCCGGCUGGGCUGAUUUCUUCGCGACUCAUCUUCCAGAACAAGGCCCUGGAAACCGAGAAAGCUCUGGGAUUAUCCCAAAGAAUGACACACUCCUCGUCCUGGCUAAUCUGCCUGAUAGUAUCUCUGCAACGGAUCAUUUCAAACCCAGCCGCUGGUUUCUCCACUUCAUGAAUAGCUGCUUAAGACAAUCUGAUCUGAAUUUGUACGGGUCCGUACGGGUCCUUGCCACAAUGCCCUCCGCCGACAUCCCGCUUAUGUUACCCCGGUCCGCUAUGGAGCGCACACGAACUGGCGUAAUCGCCGAGACUAUAGGCUUGCACAACAUAGAGCUUGCCAGUCCAGCUCAACCCGAACGCUCCCAUCAAUGGCAGGGCUGGGAUGACAUAAAUGACAAUAGGCAGCUUGUGGCUACAAGAGCUGCAUCAAAUGAAAUUAUCACUCCACCCAACAGAACGCUUCCUCCUGUGAAGCUGGUGCCUGAAAUUGCUCGCCGCGGGAGAAAUGACCUACCAUAUGAGCGUCGGGUGCAAACUCCGUUUCACGAGAAGCUCUUCACGACCAUCGCGGCAGCAGAUAAGCUGGGUAUCAAUUCGAGCCUCGAGACCACAGACCCUAAAGCCAAACAAUUAAUUCGAAAUCGGGGACUAGCAUUCACAAAACUUACCAGGGACAAUUCAGCGAGUCACUACCGCCAAAAGCUUGCCAACACAAUAAUUGAGCUUGACGAAGUGGGCCGAACAUUUGCACGUGCGGCUGCGGAUCCCAAGGAGAGUGUUGAGAGCCUGAAGGCUCUGGAAGAUCGUAUGGUAUCUCUCAAAUCGAGUUAUACCACUUUGUGCGCAAGCCUUCACUUCGUGAUGUUGGAAAAACAUGAUCAUGUAAUCGAUGAUCUCCGCUUGUCUAGACUCUCCGACCAUGUCGACGAUGGCAAUCUGGUAUAUGACCGACGACCAUUUGAACCCCUAUACAUCCACCCGGAUGAGAUUUACCCUCGCGGGAGUGGGGAUGAGCGCACAGUCAUAUAUUUCGAACCAAACCCCAACCCGGCCGUUCUCAAGAAGGUCUUUGACCUACCGACUCCAAUGGUCCAACCAGUUCUCGAUCGGUAUUACUCACUGCUAGCCCUGGUGGGCUUCCGUGGUAAGAUGCCGGUCUCCGAAUUCCUUGAAACAACUUUCCCGUCAGAGGCUAUCAAUAAUCAUGUGCGGGAUAUUCCAAGCCUUACCCACUUCGCCGAAAGACGACUCAAGCCUGGAUGUGGGCCGAUGCCCUUGCCGGAUGGUUCGACGGCGGAUCCAGCAUUCACCUACCAGGAGAAUGUGGACUAUGAUUUGAGUGGUGUUCGAAUCCGCACUCUUUCUGCACAAACCAUGGUGGAUAUUGCGAUCAAGUAUGAGAACCUUUCAGAGAAGCUCUCUACCAUCGUGCUCAGCCGAGCUCUAGGCGGGGCAUUGACCCAAGCUCAGCUAGGGGAUGAUCUUGUCAAAAAGAACAUCAAAUAG